AUGCGUCCCGCUUGUAGCCUUUCCAUUGUGAGCUUCGCUGCCCUCGUGCUUGGCGACUCGCACUAUUUCUUCUCUGGUUUCUUUGCAGGGUCUACGAUAGUCGGCGUUGAAUUCGACGAUGCGACCUCCACCUUGAGCUUGGUGAACAACAUAACAACAAAAGCGACUUCGGGUUCGAAGUGGAUCGCCAUCGAUGAACGUAAACGCAAUGUUUAUGUCGGAACUACAGGAUACGUCCAAAGCUAUGCUGUGACAGCAAACAUGAGCUUGGAGUACGUCUCACAGAUUACUCUCUCAGCAUCCUGUCAGAAUGCCAAUUACCUCACAGCCGCUUCGACGAGCCCCUACACUGUCUUUGCAGCAGCGUAUAGUACUGGUUGCCCAGCUCAGGCCAUCGCUGUUGAUGAUUCUGGCGCUCUGCAGUCUUCGGUUGCGGAUCUUACGUACAGCAACAGCUCAGGUGUACAUGGCCUCGACCUAAGUUCAGACAACGGCUUUGUCUAUUCCGCAGAUGAUAUGGGCAACGCGGUCUGGGUCCACUCUUACGAUAGCACAUCCCAGACUGCGGAAGAAAUUCAGUACCUCGCUGCACCAUCGGGAGCGAACCCAAGACAUCUCGCUGCGCAUCCUGAUGGCCAAUGGGUGUACGUCGUGUACGAAGAGGCUAACUCGCUCGCCGUGUACAAGCGCGACAACGCGACUGGUUUGCUGACUGACAUGAACACAACAUACUCACUUCUUCCGUCAGGUUACACAAACACAUCAAACUACUGGGCCGACGAAGCCAAGUUCUCCAUCCCUGUAUUUAACUCCAGCACGGCAUCCCCCAAAUACCUCAUCACCGGCACACGCUCCCGCUCAACCUCGUCGCCGGGAUACAUUUCCGCUUUCGCCCUCGAUGCCAGCACAGGUGCCAUUACCGAGCAACUAUUCAUCACGCCGAGUACCGCCAGUGGUGGCUCUGCAAACGCAGUCUCGCCUGCGCCAUUCAGCGAGGAGUACUUCGCCAUCACGGAUAGCGGCUCGAACUUUGUCGAGAUGUGGAGAAUCGCCGACGAUGCGACGAGUGCUGCGGCUGUUGCGCAUCUGGGGCUGAGUGCUGGGCCGGCAAAUGUGGUAUGGGUCAGCUAG